AUGCCAUUCACGUUGAAAUGCAGCCUGCUCUCGUUGAUAGACCAGCCUCUCGCCCAAGCACUCGAGUGGAUAUGCGAAAUCCUGACCUGGCCUUCUACUCUUAGACCAAUAUCUGAUCUCGACUCGUACGUACGGUUCGCUUCAGAAGUCUGUUCGGCGGACGAGAUUGCUGCCUUCCGCGAGAUCGCUGAGUUCGUGCCCCAGUCACGCGACGCGUGCAAAUAA